UUAGAACCCUACUUUGAUGGCCAUUAAAACAUCCAUCCUUGUCUUCUACCUCACCCUCACACAGGGCGAAAAGAUAUUCCGCUGGGCCACCUACGUCACGCUUUUUGUGGUCAAUGUCGCCGGCCUGGUCCUCACCCUGGUCAAUGUCUUCCAGUGUCGUCCCAUCAGUGCAGCGGUCGCAUAUCCCUUGCCCGAUGGCGCCAAGUGCAUCGAUAUCUUGACCCUCUAUCUUUCCUCCUCACCUGUCAACAUUAUCACCGACCUCGCCAUCCUCUGCUUACCGAAUCCAAUCCUCACGCGAAUGCGCUUGCCACGCAAGCAGAAAAUCAUUAUUGUCAUUACCUUCAGUUUCGGUUUCUUUGUCGCCGUCGUCGAUGUCAUUCGGAUCGCGUACAUUCAGGAUGCUGCGACCUCUCGUCAGAUCGCCCUCAAAGAAGUCCACCUUCAGGGCACUCCGGGUGAAGAUUUGAGUUGGUACGCGGCAUUCUCCUUUAUGUGGUCCGUUAUUGAAGUCAACGUCUCUAUCAUAUGCGCCUGCGUUCCCAGCCUCAAGCCGCUCGUCGCCCGACUGAUACCUAAGCUCAUUCGCGACACUGACGAGAGUUAUCAGACCUCUUCACCGGGCACCCGACCGCUGCCGGCGCUGGCACCUAUUGCGCUUCGCGAAUCUGAACACCGACCUGCUCCACCCAAUGAUAUUGUCAAUUCUAAACCCACCCAGUCAGAUAGUCGAAGCAGUCAAACCGGCAGCGACACACGCGUCAACCUCACCGAAUUCCUGGCCGUUCCACCGCCUCCAUUAGCUCCUGAUGUGACCGACGUGGAGCAGCGCACAAAUACGGUGACUAAUUCCUCCUACCCGCCAAGUAUCACGUUUUUCGAUUUUGUCAAUAUGAAACAGCCCGCGAACAUGCUUAAGCUGAGCAACAAGGAGUCCAUUACGCCGAUUGCGUUCACGACCAUCCUAUUCUUUCUUUGGGGUUUCGCUUACGGAUUGCUCGAUAUGCUAAAUGAGCAAUUCAAGAAAAUAUUGGACCUGGGAGUAUAUCGGUCGUACGGGUUACAUGCGAUUUACUACGGGGGUUAUCUGCUGGGGCCCCCACUCAUAGGACGUCCAGUGCUAAAACAAUGGGGGUUCAAGGCUUCAUUCAUCACGGGUCUCUGCAUCUACGCCUGCGGCUCCCUCAUCUUCUGGCCUUCCGCUGUCUUGACUUCCUAUUCAGCGUUUGCAGUGUCUAAUUUCAUUGUUGGAUUCGGCUUAGCCGUGCUUGAGACCGCCGGCAACCCGUUCAUCGCCCUAUGCGGUCCGCUUGAGAAUUCCGAAAUUCGUCUCAACAUUUCGCAAGGUGUCCAGGCUGUUGGCAGUGUUGUCUCGCCGCUGCUCGCGAAAAAGGUCCUCUUCAAGCAGGUGACCGAUGUAUCCUCGUUGGUGGAUGUGCAGUGGACUUAUCUUGGAAUCGCUCUGUUUGAUGUGAUUCUCGCCUUGGUUUUCUACUAUUUGCCUAUCCCGGAAGCCUCAGAUAGCGAUCUGGAGGAGCUGGCCAAGCGUCGGCGUGCGGACAAUCGCGCUCACGUGGUGGGUUUGCCGGUGGUCUGGGUGACAUUGGGUCUCGGUGUAUGGUCAGUGUUCAUGUACGUCGCAGGACAAGAGGUCUUGUCCAUGAGCUUUGUGCGUUUCGUCGAGGAAGUCCAUCCGAACGGUUCCAUAAGCCCAUUCGAUUUUCUGACCAUCGGUCAUACGGUCUUUGCAGUGGGGCGGUUUCUGGCAGCUUUAUUGCAAUGGUUUCUCAAGCCGCGCUGGAUUCUGCUAUGGUCCUAUGUUGGCAUGAUCGUAUGCGCAGCGUUGUGCAUGCACACAACUGGCCUCAAAGCGGUGGCAAUGGCUGAGCUUGUAUAUCUGUUUGAGAGUGGUGUCUUCAGCAUUAGUUUCGCCAUUGCACUGCGGGGCACGGGACGUCAUACGAAGACAGCCGCCUGUCUGCUGACCAUGGCCAUCGGAGGGGGCGGUAUAUUCCCCUUUGCGCAGUACGCCGCACAAAUGGUGGGUGGCGUGCCCUACUCGUACUGCGUUCUCGUUGCGCUGUCUGCCGCGGGCGCCAUAUUCCCAGUAUAUUUAAACCUGGUGCCGGCGGCCAAGAAACAGGUCGACCCAGUGCCUAACGAACAUCUGCGACAUCCUCGCCGCCGUAGCCGCGGUGUACCACGUGCCAAGGACAAUCCGUCUGUGGGCGGAGUGCUGUCGCGACGGCGCAGCGUGCUUUUGGAUCCGCUGCCAACCGUCCAAUUAACGGAGUGAUUUUUUUUUAUGUAUUUAUCCUUCUUCUUGGGAUAUGCCGCGUGAUACCCAUACGUUGUUUAAUGUUUGUGCUCCUUUGGAUUUAGCAUGGCGUCAGGUUGCAUUCGCAUAUGACAUGGCUUUUUGAUAGCGUCGCGAUCUAGGUGGCAUUGGCAUAUACGCUAGGGUCAUUGAAGUUGCUCGGCACCUGUAUAUACUACUGAAGACAAAUGCCGAC